UUUAAAAUUUAGGGUUUAGGGUUUUGCUGGAAACAUUAACGUUGUUAAAAUUAGUGUUUUUAUUUUUUGUAACUAUUUUUUAUUUAAUUUAAUAUUUUUUAAUAAUAAUUUAUGUGUCACUUUGAUUGGUCUUAAAAGGUGGGGUGAAUUUAAAGGUUCACCUAAGGCUGAACCUAAGUUUUGUUCUUUAUACAAUGGCAUUGGUAGAAGAGAGUCUCGUCAAAUCCAAACGUAUCAGUUGCUUUGUUUUUCAGCUUAAUUGAUAAAGCUAAGAGAUAGAAAAGUGAAGAAACUGAUAUAGGUUUCUAAUAUCAAAAAUGCUUGUAAUCUCGUUUUAACUCCAACCUUAAACUAAACGCACAGGCGAUAUAAAGAUAUUAAAGUCUAAUAAAACUUGAAAGCUCAAGAAACCUAAUGCUGGCAUGUUCUUUAGAGUUUCACGGAAGACAAGAACUUUUGCAGUAAAAGCAAAAUUGACAAAGUCUAUGUUCAAGGAUCUAUUAACGUAAAUUCUAGCAAAAUUCAUGAUCAACCGUCCAAAAGCACGGCCCAAAGUACCAGCAUUUCAAGCACCAUCAAUAAAGUAGACAUCGAUACUUGAAACUUGAGCAGCAAAGUGUAGUAUUGUUGGAUGGAGAGGGGUUCUCGACGGCGAUAGUUAUUCCCAAUUUUACUCAUAAAUAUAUGUUUAAAAGUAAAAAAUAGUGUGAUAAAUUAGAAAUGUUCUUAAAAAAAAAUGUGAUUAGGUAGAAAAGAUAAUGAAAGUAUCGUGUACAAAUAUUGCCACAUAUCCGCUUUUAAUUAUGUGUGUUUCAUUGAUGAAAAUUUAUCACAUAACUAAAAUAUUUAAAAUAACAAUUUAAUAAUAUUGUCUAGAGAAUUUAAGUUGAGAUAAGAAAAUACAAAAGCUUAGAGUAACAUCAAUGUUGAGUUUUUAAGUUGAGUAUGUAAAUAAUAAAUUAUUAUCAUUUUAUAAAAUAAUUAAAAUUUAAAUUAAAAAGAAAAAAUAGCAUCAACUAUUAUUGAUCUUGCAUGUUCAAUUCCCAAUGUGUACUCCAUUGAUCUUGCAUCUGCUGCAGAAACAAAGAGAUCCACCAAAUUGGAACAUAGAAAAACUCCGUUGAAAUCGUCUUUGCAGCAAUAUUGAAACUGCUCAUCCUAAUCAGUUAUAGUGGACAUAUCUUGUGUCUUUAUCAGUUGUAAUGGUGCAAUAUGGUAUUCUCCAAUCAUCCUGUCUUCACUCGCAGCAUGGACAUUGAUACAACAAGGCCAGAAAAAUCUGAUUGAUUCUCCACGACUACACCUGAAAACAUGAAUGAGGUUCAUAAUAAUCCUUCCAGGGUAGGGUCAAACAUCAGUUUUAACAGAACACAAAUGGGCUUGCAUCCUAAACCAAGGACCAGAACUUUUACCUGUCCUCACAUGAUCUUCAAGCAUGUUUUGCUGGAAAUCCAUUUUGGCCGAUAAUGUUCCAUUUUGGAAAGAUGGCCCCACAAAUAGAAGAAUAAGAAAAUAAUACACCAUCCAAAAGGUGUGAUGAAUUAACACUUAAAUGACUUGUGAAAUUCCAUUACUAAAGCUUGGUAUAACAUGGAUGAAACACUAGAGCAGGAAGACAAACAUACUAAGUCUCAUGAAACGAUUAUUUACAUAAAAUUACAAACUUUAUUUUAGUUUUUGAUAUCUGCAAGAUGGAAAGGGAAAGCUUCAGCCUCAAUCAAGCGUGUAAAUAUUUUUUUCCGCUCAUUUCUCUAUAGAUAACAAUUUUAAAUUAGGUUGCUAACGGGCCGAUUCUAUGAAAUAUAUAACUGUGUAGUGAAAUAAAAAUACAAAAGCUUAGAGUAACAUCAAUGUUAAGUUUUUAAGUUGAGUAUCUAAAUAACAAAUUAUUCUUUUUUCUAAAAUAAUUUAAUAAAAUAGCACCAAUGAACGAUAGACACAUAAGCAAAUGGGGUUCAAUAGAAUUUUUGUAAAUUUUUAUAUUUAGACACUUUUGGUCAGCUUAUUACUUGCUUUUUUUUGUAAUAUUAAAAUAUUGAGAAUUCUCACUUUCUAUAUUUUGUUGGAGGUCCUCUUAUUAACAAAAAUGUAUGGGUGUCACAGACACAAUUGGGCCAAGCCCAAGCCUAUUUCCACGUCUAUUCUCGUGAAGAUUAUUAUUUCUUCCUAUAUAUGCAAUGCAGCAACGGGUUGAAGUUUCAAACUUUUUGAUAUGGAUUCAAAUCGAACUCUCCGUACAUAUUCCAUCAGUUAGACCAACCGCAACGGAGGCACGUUGGGAGUCCUUAACCGCUAAACCGAUGUAUUAUGCAAUUUUAUAAUAAUAUUUAGGUUAAGAUAACUAAGGAUGAGUCCGUAGAUAAGGAGUUGAAGGACUUGAUCCUUGUGCACGUGGCAGAGGGUGAUAGGGCUGGGUCGCAUAUGUGUUUUGUUUUGGAAAAAAAAAAUCAUUCAACCGAAGCCGAGGAAAAAAAAACAAAGCUCUCGACGAAAAGGCGAUAUCGUUGUGGUUCCUCGAUCGUGUUCUUCCACGAAGAUCCAAGGUCAACCAACCAUGGGACAAGACUAUAGCUACAGCCAGCCUUCUUCAUCUUCGGAGUUUGACAUGACCUCCCUACUCUUAGCAGAAGCUGAAGCCUACGCGGAUGAAGCUGAGAGUAGCUACACAAUUGAAGAGCCGGUUCAGUACCCACUGCAACCUGAGGCAGAUGAAGGCAUCCCGACGACACGCUAUUGUGGUGCUGAGCCAGUUGUUGAAACUUCGUACACUCCUAGAGAUCCAGGCAGAAGGUACUUCUCGUGCGUCAACGUUGACGAUGGAGACUGUCACAUUUGGAAGUGGUGGGAUGUGGCGAUCAUGGAGGAGAUGCGUGACGUUCAGAGAAAAAUUAGGCUGCUCAAGGAUCAAUUCUUUGAGACUAACCAGAAGGUGGCAAAGCUAGAGAAGACCGUUGGUUUUUUUUACGUAAGAAGAAUUCAGGGGUUGCAAAGGGAGUUUGUCUACUGGUCAUGGUAAUAACGGUCAUGAUUUUGUGCUGGAAGAGCUUUGGAGGAUUUAAGCCACAACGUCUCAACUCGAGAUUGUCUUGCCAGGUACGAUCUUGCUGCUGCUUAAUAAAAACCAGCACUUCACUGUUUUUUUUAGUUUGCAUAUAGUUUAGAUAUUGUCUUUGAAUAAAAAACAUAUUAGGAUGAUUUAAUGGUAGUUUGCUUCCUAACUCCUUAGAUUUGAUAGGUUUUAAAAGUUAGCAGUAGAGAACUUAUUAGGAUGAUUUGAUUGGUGCUUAAAUGCUAGUUUACUUUCUAUCUGCCAAAGUACUCCGAACAUAAAUGUUUUUUACAUCUACUUCGCUUACUUAAGGGUCUGUGUUGCUAAUAGAGUGACGCAGACCAUCCUCUAAACAUGAAUGAUACAAUUGGGUAUGUUAAUCUUUUGUAUAGUCAAUGUUCAGUUGACCUUGAGUCACCCGAACCUGCUUGGUUCGGUAGUCAAGGUCCUGGUGAGUCUCCUGUCGAGUCUGGUGUUGAGCCCACUAUCAAGGAGAGGAGGAAAUGGUCCCCUAGAGAGGAUAAAAACUUGAUUAGUGCGUGGCUUAACACCAGCAAAGACGCUGUAGUCAGCAAUGACCAGAAAGCCCAAAAUUUCUGGAAGAGGAUUGUGGACUACUACAACGCAAGCCCUCUCCUUGUUGGGACAUUACCUAGAGAGCUUCGCCAGUGCAAGCAGAGGUGGGCUAGGAUUAACGAGCAAGUGAGUAAAUUCGUAGGAUGCUAUGAUGCGGCUUUGAGGGAGCAGAGAAGUGGCCAAAAUGAUGAUGAUGUGAUGAAAGCUGCCCUCGACAAUUUCUGCGAUGCUUACGGUUACAAGUUCAAUCUCGAACAUGGGUUGAGGGAGCUGAGGAAUGACCAGAAAUGGUGCUCAACCUAUGUUUCUAAAGAUGGUAGGAAAGACAAGCGAAAACAUGUGGUGGACUUUGAUAGAGAAGAUGAAGUUGGAGAACCUGAGGCUAGACCAAUGGGUGUCAAAGGUGCUAAAGCUGCUGGGAAGAGGAAGAAGAAUGACACGGAAGAAGAGAUGUCACAGCUACAGGCCAUAUUAGAGAUGAAUGAUAAACUCCAAAAGCAGAAAAUUCUAGAUCGUUUACUUGCCAAGAGAGAUCCACUUUCUGAGAUGGAGUCAUCUCUAAAACUCAAACUUAUGGCUGAGAUGUUAGGAUGAUAGUAAGGUUUUAAUGUGUGUAUUGGGUAGUUGCUUUAGUUACAUGUGUGUAUUGCUUUUGUUACAUGUGCGGUCUGCUUUUGUGCGUUGUCCUUUUAUGCUUUAUACUAACUCUUGUCUUUUGUGUUGUUUCAGGUUCAGCAGUAACUCACAAGGACGAAGUCACGGAAUUGUGAAAGUUGUAGUACCGCAUGUGAGCCAAGUCACGGGUUCUUGUAUUUCAGUUUAAGUAUCUCUCUUUGCUUCUUUAGCUAGUUAUCUCUUUUGCUUUGUUUCUCUGAACUCGAAGUUGUUUCCUUUUCUUCUCUUUUGCUACUACUAUAAAAUCUUGUUGUACUCUGGUGGCUACAACUCUCGUUGCCACAACAGUAAUCUCGAACAAGUUGUAAUAUCGGUCUCAUUAUUGCUUUCACUAUUAGGUAACUGCAUUAUUAUUCCUUUAUAUGCUUCUCUUAUAUUAGAUUAAACUUGUAUCAAAACUUGUAGUACAACUUGUAUUAAAACUCGUAUCAAAACAUGUAUCAGAACUUCUAGUAAAACUUGUCUCAAAACUUCUAGUAAAACUUGAAUAAAAAGUUGUAGUAAAAUUUGUAUUAAACUUCUAUCAAAACUUCUACUAAAAUUUGUAUUAAACUUCUAUCAAAAACUUCUACUAAAAUUUGUAUUAAACUUCUAUCAAAACGUGUAUUCAAACUUGUAGUAAUUCAAUUAUUAAUUAUAAUUUCAGCCAUUGUUUUUACUUGUAUGAAAUUAAUUGAACAAGGUAAAAAUUUAGCUCAUGGAUAACUGUUACCUUUUAAAAAAAAAUUGUACAUAAUUUGAACUAAUAUAUUAAAAAUUUAUACAAUAUUUUUAUUUUUCAAACAGGAUACAUAGAAAUGUCAUUAUCUUCAUCUUAUGAAUUCGAAGAGAGAUUGGACGAAGUUUUCGAUGAAAUAUUCGAAGAUACUUUCAACAACAUAGUGGAGGCCCAAUCCAUACCGCAAAGAACACGUGCUUAUGUUGAACGAAACCGCGAAGGAGGACACGACCGCUUAUGGAAUGACUACUUCAGCGAAGAUUGUACAUUCGCCCCACAUUUAUUCAGACGCCGUUUUCGCAUGAAUAAGGAAUUAUUCUUGCGUAUUGUCCAUGGCCUAUCAGAGUGGUUUCCAUUCUUUCAGCAAAGAAGAGAUGCAACCGGGAGGUUGGAUCUUUUUCCAUUACAAAAAUGUACGGCAGCAAUUCGCAUGCUUGCUUAUGGUUCUGCGGCCGACACGGUUGACGAGUAUCUCCGACUUGGUGAGAGCACUGCACUUUCUUGUUUACAUAAAUUCACUGACGGAAUAAUACAGUUAUUUGGAGAAGAAUAUCUACGAGGACCCACACCGGAGGAUCUUCAACGACUACUCGAUAUUGGAGAGAAACGAGGGUUUCCUGGGAUGGUCGGGAGCAUUGACUGUAUGCAUUGGGAGUGGAAAAAUUGUCCAACCGCUUGGAAAGGACAGUACCCACGUGGAUCAUCAAAACCGACAAUUGUCCUAGAGGAUGUAGCUUCACAAGAUCUUUGGAUCUGGCACACCUUUUUUGGUCCUCCAGGUACAUUAAAUGUUAUUAAUGUCCUCGAUCGGUCUCCUGUAUUUGAUGAUAUUUUAGAAGGUCGAGCUCCCAGGUUAAGGUAUGUGGUCAACGGACACAUGUAUAAGUUGGCAUACUACCUCACAGACGGUAUAUAUCCCAAAUGGUCAACAUUUAUCCAAUCUAUCACACUCCCUCAAUCUCCGAAACAAGAGUUAUUUGUUAAAGUGCAAGAAGCAGCCCGAAAAGAUGUGGAGCGGGCUUUUGGAGUAUUGCAAGCUCGAUUUGCGAUUGUGAAAAACCCGGUUCGUACAUUGGACAAAGAAAAGAUAGGGAAGAUUAUGAGAGCGUGUAUCAUACUACACAAUAUGAUAGUUGAAACUGAACAAGAUGGUUACAUCCGGUACGAUGCAGAAGAAUUUGAAGAAGGAGACGUCACCAGAAGUUCAGAGGUCGAAACCGAGAGGCCUACAAAUAUGAAUAAUUUGUUUCCCAAUCGGAAUGAUCUUCGUGAUAGGCAUAUGCAUGAACGAUUGAAGAAUGAUUUAAUCGAAAAUAUUUGGAACAAAUUUGGUGAUGAAGAUUAAUAAUUUGUGUAUCUUUUUCUUUCAUCAUUGUAUCUUUAUUUUUAGUUAUGCAAUUAACAAAAUUUCAAUU